AUGCAUACCAACGGAAAAGCCCACGGUAUUCCUGAAUUUCCACCCGGUGUCCAGCGUCUACCUGCAACGGCACCUCCGGAAUACUUCAUCGCUCUGCUCAAACGAGAUGGGGGUGUUAUCGCCGAAAACUUUGCACCGGUGGAAGUAAUGGACAAGUGCAACGCCGAAAUCAAACCGAAACUUGACGCCGAACAACGCUGGAAUGGAAGCUUUUUCCCGAAAGAAACCAGAAAAUGCACCUCCCUUAUUGCCAACAGCCCAACCUAUACCCGAGAACUACUCAUGAACCCUCUCUACCAAACCAUCUGCGACCAUUUCCUGACUACUCGGAAUUCCUUCUGGUGGGGUGACACCUGGAAGGAAUCCGUUUCGAAGCCGCAGGCGCACACGGGGGCCGCCAUGUAUAUCGGGCCUGGAGCAAAAGCUCAACCACUGCAUCGCGAUGACUAUCUCCAUCACAACGUUCACACUGAAGUUCCAGCUCCAUGGAACGACGAACGGGACAUGAACCGUGAAAGUGCAGUUGGUCUGUUUGUGGCUGGCACAAAAACUACCAAGGCCAAUGGCGCAACUCGUUUUAUUCCGGGCUCGCAUCUCUGGGGUAAUUACGAACGCAAAAAUCCUCCUCCAGAAAACCAGACGGUCUAUGCCGAACUGGAAAAGGGAGACGCCUUCUUUAUGUUCGCCUCUUGCUUCCACGGUGGUUCUCAAAACAUAACUACGGAUGAACACAGGCUAGUUUAUAGCACAUUCGUCACGCGUGGGUGGUUGAGGCAAGAAGAUAAUAUGUAUCUGGCUAUUCCACGUGAUAUACUUAUGCAAUAUGACCGCAAGGUCCAGCAAUUUAUCGGCUAUUCUUGCUCUGACCCAGGGUGUGGUCUUGUGGAUGACCUCGAUCCCAUUUAUAAACUCUAUCCUGAGGAACUCAAAACUGCGGUCCCUGUAGACUACUGA